AUGGAAAACUCAAUUCUGUUUCCUGAUGUACCAAUUGCACUCCGAUUGUCUAGCCAUCUUCUGCUUGGUGUGGUGCGGAUAUAUUCUAGGAAGGUGAAUUACCUUUUUGAUGAUUGCAGCGAGGCUUUGCUCAAGGUAAAACAAGCUUUUCGCUCCACUGCUGUGGAUUUACCAGCCGAAGAAUCCACUGCACCAUAUCACUCCAUAACCUUGCCGGAGACUUUUGAUCUUGAUGAUUUUGAGUUGCCAGAUAAUGACAUUUUUCACUGUAACUUUGUUGAUCAUCAUGUCAGUUCAAGGGAGCAGAUUACUCUCCAAGAUACCAUGGAGGGUGUUGUUUACUCCAGAUCACAGUUUGGCCUGGAUGAAAGAUUUGGCGAUGGCGACACUUCCGGCUUAGAACUUGAUGAGGAAUUGCUUUUGGACAAGGGUGCAGCUGCAGGACAUGCUGGGUUUAUGUUGAGUUCAGGUGUUGAUCCUCUGGCAUCUGUUCAACCAAUCACUCCUCUCAACCAGGAUGAAGCUCCCGAGGGCAUGACUGCAAACACCGAGAAUGUGCUAACUACUGGCGAUGUAAAUCAGAUUGAAGGUGUUUUCGGGGAUACCGAUUUUGCUGAGUUUGCUCAGGCCCCAAGUACUCCUGGAUUGGUGCAAGAGCCAAACUUGUCCAGUGUGCAAGAGACUUCAGCUUGUGAUGAUCCCUUGGAAUCAGAAGAUCAUAAUUUGACAGAAUUUGUUGCUAAGGAGAGCUUGGAAAACACUCUGUGUAAAUCAGACAUCCAACAUGGGAAUCAAAAUGUGGUGGAUUGGUCUUCAAAUGGUGAUGUGAAUCCUGAUACAGUUACUAGCAUACCUGCUGAGCAGAAUAGGUACCAUUUGGGUGAUAUGGAGAUCAAUCAAAUAAAGUCACAGUGGCAGUCCUCUGCUUUAGCUGAUCAAGGUAGAACCAUAUCUCUAGUUUCAGAAUUGUCAGAUAGCAUCAUUGCCGCAUCUGGUGGUCCAUACAGGGAGCAAGAUUUACGGAGUGAUAUUGUGAACACCAACAAGCCCGUCAGUCACUCCAUUGAUGCAUCCCAUGAAGAUCAUGUGGAGCCCCAAGGAGUUGGGUUGUCUGAAAUUACUCCGGACAUGUCUGGUUUAAGAAGGACCUGUCAACAAGUCUCAGAAGGUUUUGCAGAGAAUACUCAAACGUCACUCAAAACAGAGGUUUCGAACCGAAUAGGAAUCACAGGAAACAUGGAGGAAUCAUGCUUCAUUAGCGAUGCAUCAGAAUUAAUUGCCGAAUCAAAUAGACCUGACCUUCAAAACCCUGAAAUUCAGCCUUGUCAGGAGCCAAAAGAUUCUAGGUUUCUGAAUAUUGCUGUUCAUGCAGAAAUGGCUUGCACUGAGACCCCUGUAAUUAGGCCAUGCAAUUUGCACCAGCCCGAUACAUUAAAUCCUGGGAGUGUCAGUUUCCUUGAUCCUGAUUCUCCAUCUGAAGUUGCUAGGUUGCGCUUACUGGAAACCUCUGGAAGUGAGGAGGCACCCCAUACUUCUGAAAUUUCCACUGUGUUGCAAGGUGACGGUUAUCACGGGGCAGGUGGUCUGGGACUAGUCUUAGAGGAAAACAAUGCAACAGAACCCGUUUCAUGUGAAAGCAUUCAGGCGCCUUGUAGCAAAUCAAAUGAUCAAGCAGACAAUUUGAUUUCUGGAUAUUGUCACUUGGAGAAUAGUUCUACAGGUUCUGGCUUGCCUGCCCUCGAGAAAUUACUUUCCAUCCCAGAAGGUCUUGCUGAUCCGCCGAGUAAUUUGCUUGUGGCGGCUACACCAGACAAAGGAGACUCAGCAGGGGCUGAUGGAGAUGGUGCUGGGAGCAAUAUCAUGUCAGGGAAAAAGCGUAGUUUCACUGAAAGUACACUAACUGUGCAGAGUUUGGAUUCUGUUGAAUCUUUGGAUGUAGUCUGGACCAAAAGAACUGCAGAGCCUAUUCCUGACGAUGAUGAUUUAUUGUCUUCUAUCUUAGGCAUGUUUAUGUGCUUCUCUCUUUUGGCUUUAUGGAAUGGUGCAAGAAGAUCUUCGGUUUUGAAAUUAAAGCCCACUCCUCUUGCUGGUCCUGAGAUAAUGUCUAUGAAGCGCCCCCGAUCUGCUCCCCGGAUUACGGCUUCAAAAAGGAAGGUGCUUACGGAUGAUACCAUGGUUUUGCAUGGCGAGUAUGUUCCAUUUACUGCGCUUGCUAUUAUUCAUGUUCCAUCUCCGAUAGUUUUAUCUUUUUUUUCACUUGUUUGCAAGAGAAUUACCGUAAAACAAUAA